CAAAUUGACGUAGUCACAGUCUAACAACGAGACGAAGAAGCCCAUAGAAACCGGCUUCCGCUCACAACAAAGUUGUCAAUGAGGGCUUAAAAAUAAUUAACGUGGCCGUCAAAGAAGAGGAGACAUUCGGCAACAAUGAAGCUCAACAUCGACGGCCUGCUGGUGUAUUUUCCAUAUGAUUACAUCUAUCCCGAGCAAUACUCCUACAUGCUGGAGCUGAAGAGGACACUAGAUGCUAAGGGUCAUGGCGUCCUGGAGAUGCCGUCAGGAACAGGGAAGACCAUCUCCCUGUUGUCCCUCAUUGUUGCAUACCAGAGGGCCUUCCCCCUGGAUGUGACCAAGCUCAUCUACUGCUCCAGAACGGUUCCUGAGAUUGAGAAGGUGGUUGAGGAGCUCAGGAAGCUGAUGGAGUUUUAUUCCAAAGAGACCGGGGAGAAGAACAACUUCCUGGCUCUGGCGCUUUCCUCCCGGAAGAACCUCUGCAUCCACCCUGAGGUGAGCAGUCUGCGCUUCGGCAAGGAGGUAGAUGGGAAGUGUCACAGUCUGACGGCAUCGUACAUCCGCGCCCAGCGUCACAGCAACCCCAACCUGCCAGCCUGUCGCUUCUAUGAGGAGUUCGAUGCCGUCGGCCGACAGGUUCCGCUCCCCGCUGGCAUCUAUAACCUGGAUGACCUAAAGGACUUUGGCCGCAGGAAAGGCUGGUGUCCUUAUUACCUGGCACGCUACUCUAUCCUGCACGCCAACAUCGUGGUGUACAGCUACCACUACCUGCUGGACCCCAAGAUAGCAGACCUGGUGUCCAAAGAACUGGCCAAGGACUCUGUGGUGGUCUUUGAUGAGGCGCACAACAUCGACAACGUGUGCAUUGACUCCAUGAGCGUCAACAUCACCAGGCGGACACUGGACCGUUGUCAGGGCAACGUGGAUAUGCUCCAGAGCACCAUACACAAGAUCAAGGAGACGGACGCUGCCAAACUGAAGGAGGAGUACAGGCGACUAGUGGAGGGCCUGAAGGAGGCCAACGUUGCCCGGGAAACGGACGUCUACCUCGCCAAUCCCGUGUUGCCAGAUGAGAUCCUACAAGAGGCGGUUCCGGGCACCAUCCGCACUGCAGAGCACUUUGUGGGCUUCCUGAGGCGCUUCAUGGAAUAUUUAAAGUCUCGUCUGAGGGUGCAGCACGUUGUUCAAGAGAGCGCCCCGCAGUUCCUCAAAGACAUCUUUGACAAAGUCUGCAUCGACCGCAAGCCUCUCAGGUCUCCCAGCAUCAACACCUUUCAGAGGCGUGGCCUCCUGUCACGUGACACUCCAUCCAUCUUUCAUUGGACCCCUGUCGCGCGUCUCCUGUGCAGGUUUUGCGCGGAGCGUCUGCAGUCGUUGUUGCGAACCCUGGAGAUCGCCGACAUCGCCGACUUUUCCGCCGUCACGCUCAUCUCCAACUUUGCCACGCUGGUCAGCACGUACAGUCAAGGUUUCACCAUCAUCAUCGAGCCCUUUGAAGACAGGACGCCAACCAUCGCCAACCCCAUCUUGCACUUCAGCUGCAUGGACCCGUCCAUCGCCAUCAAGCCAGUCUUCCAGAGGUUCCAGUCAGUCAUCAUAACUUCGGGUGUAAGCUGCUCGUCCUCCUCUCCGAGCUUUGGGUUUGUCCUUGUGACCUCAAGUGUUUUUUGUCCCGGCCAGACGCUGUCUCCGCUGGACGUCUACCCUCGCAUCCUGGACUUCCGGCCCGUCACCAUGGCGUCUUUCACCAUGACGCUGGCACGCACCUGCCUCUGCCCGCUGAUUGUUGGACGAGGGAACGACCAGGUGGCUCUCAGCUCAAAGUUUGAGACCAGAGAGGAUUUUGCUGUGAUUCGUAACUACGGCAACCUGCUUCUGGAGAUGUCUGCGGUCGUUCCCGAUGGCAUCGUGGCGUUUUUCACCAGCUAUGUCUACAUGGAGAACAUUGUGGCAUCCUGGUAUGAACAGGGCAUUCUGGAGAACAUUCAGAAGAACAAGCUGAUCUUCAUUGAGACGCAGGACGCCGCCGAGACCAGCAUGGCGCUGGAGAAGUACCAGGAGGCGUGCGAGAACGGCCGAGGAGCCAUCCUGCUCUCCGUCGCCAGAGGGAAAGUGUCAGAGGGCAUCGAUUUUGUGCACCACUUCGGCCGCGCUGUCAUCAUGUUUGGCGUUCCGUACGUUUACACGCAGAGUCGCAUACUGAAGGCCCGUCUGGAGUACCUACGAGACCAGUUCCAGAUCCGAGAGAACGACUUCCUCACGUUUGACGCCAUGCGACACGCCGCUCAGUGCGUGGGCCGAGCCAUCCGAGGCAAGACGGACUACGGACUCAUGAUUUUUGCUGACAAGCGCUACGCCCGAGCCGACAAACGCGGGAAGCUUCCUCGCUGGAUCCAGGAGCACAUCAACGACGGCAGCCUCAACCUCACCGUGGACGAGACGGUGCAGCUGUCCAAGCACUUCCUGCGUCAGAUGGCUCAGCCCUUCAGCCAGGAGGACCAACUGGGUCUGUCGCUGCUGACACUGGAGCAGCUGCAGUCGGAGGACAUGCUGAAGAAGAUCGCUCAGAUGGCUCAUCAGAGCUGAAAGGGACAUCAAUACCUUGUCUGUCAUACAGACUCUACUGUUUAGUUUUCUACUGCCGCUGUACAGUUCACUUUAUACCAUGUCUUGUAUUUGAAUUUAUAGCCGAUAGUUUGCUACAAACAAAACACACAUCAUCAUGAUCCACAAUAAACAGUGAGUAACAUUUAUUUCAAUUUCCCACCAACAUACUGUAUUCCAAUAGAAAACACAAACGACUAACUUUAGCAAAACCUACAACCAUGUUGUAAAAACAUCUUCCAAACUUCCAGAAAGUCCAAGUGACAAACUAGAGUCUUCUAGAAUAGAAACGUUACGUAGCAUUAAAGUAUAUAAAUAUAUAUUUCCACAACCUGCGGCAUCACAGCUUUCAAAACGUUAAAUAAGAAUUAAGAAUUCCAAACUUUUGACUGCAGCUGAGCUCCAAAUUGACUUCAGCCCGCCUCCAUUGUCCUUUGCUGCAGCGUAAAUGUGCAAAAAGCUUCUACAAUCCGUCCUUAGCAAGUCAAAACUUACAAGAUAUGUUCCGUUGUCGAUAUGUAAACAAGCUUAAAUGAGAUAUGAAAAUAUGUCAUUACUUGAAAGGCAAGACGUAUACACGUGGACUUGUAAAGCAAAUGUAACAUUUGGUCGCGUGUUGAUUGUGCAAACGUUUGUCUCUUUAAAGGAAUCAUUUAAAGUCGCUACGCCCUCUGCUGGACAAACUGUCAUGAUGCAUCAGUGCGCGCCAAUAUCAGUGAAGGUGCACCUAAAAUGUCUGAAAUGCAAGUUUAUAUUUAACUCGUACUCAGGAUAAAUGAUUGUCUCCUCACCUGGAAUGUAAUGAAAUCUCAGGUCCGCUUUCUAUGUGACACACACACGCAAAAAUUCCUCGUAUGUAAGUCAUGUGACGGCCCAGAAACAUCCUGCAUUGUUGUUUUGGUUGUGAAGUACCACAACGUUUUUUGUUUUUUUUUUAAAAUUUGCACUUUGAGACAUAUUUUGUGUUUGCAGGCUACCAAAACACACCAAAAAAAAAAAACUAACUUUUUUACUCAUGUGAAUGGAAAUGGACCCUCAAUGUAGACUGUGUGUGUGUGUGUGUGUGUGCGUGUGUGUGUGUACGUUAGCUGGUGCCUAGUGAUCCUCUCCUGUUGAGGCUCUGCGUGCUGGAGCUCAGUCCUCGAUGGUCCAUCAGGCAGUGUGACUGAGGAACAAAACAAAAGCACACAAUGUCGUUCAUGUUGGUGUCAGAACCACCGAACUGGCCCUGACAAACCUGUGGAGUCGCCACUAUGUUGUAGCUCAACUUGAGGUGUUUGUUAGCACAUCAAAGCAUUGGUAUUAGUUAUCACGUUGUUUUCCUCACCUGGCCGCCAUCUUGACUUUCUCCUCCACCAACAUUGAGAACGUUGAGCGAGUUGGCUCUUUUCAUCCUGCAGACGAGGAAGUCACACGCACACCUUUUGUUUUUUUUAUUUUUUUCAUGAAAAGUAAAAGAAAGCCCCAGCUUUUACCCAGCAUUCCUGGGAGCCGCAUCCUCCAUGCCAACGCCCUUCAGCUUACGGACCAGCUUCUCGCUGCUUCGCCGUAUGGACUCUCGCAGUUUGGUGAAGGAGCCGCUGCGCCUCAGGGGACCCUCCUGACGAGAUUGGGCGUCGUCUCCACCCGACCAGCUGGGCCGGGCGUCACCUGGACGACAGACAGGAACUGUCUAAACCAGGGGUAUCCAAAGUGCGGCCCAAGGGCCUUUUGCGACCCGCGGAACAGUCUAAAAAUAUAAUUUAAUAAGAAAACAAACAAAAAAAAAACAGCAAAAAAGGAAAAAUCAGCAGUAGUUUUACAAGAAUACAGUCCGAAUAUUAAGAAAAAAAAACAAAUUUAACGAGAAAAAGUAGAAAAGAAAAUAAUAUGAGGAAAAAUGUCAUUUUAGUAGCAUAAAAUGUAAAUAUUCAAGAAAAAAAGUUAAUUUUUUUUUUAAGUCGCAAUAUUACGAGAAACAAAACAACUAAGGUUGACAACGGAGGUGGUCAUUUUUGGCAAAACGUUGACAACAAACUGAGAAGCCUUCACUCCAACAGUAAAUGUGUCGUCAUCAUCAUCAUCACCUUCCACAGAUCCAAAUUCCUUCUCGUGCGCUCUGGUCAGGAUCUCCUUGUACAGCGCUUCUGCUUGGCGGUACUUUCCCUGCUUGAGGUAACAGGAAGCCUAACGGAAGGAGGAAGUGAGGCGAGCGUAACUGCAAGGUCGUCUCAUCACGUGACACGUGACUCCCACACCCCACAGAGUUUCACCAGGUUGUUUUUGGUCUUGGCCACGUUGGCGUCGUCGGGGCCCAGUCUGCUCUGAUAGAUGUGCAGGGCGCGCUCGUAGUACUGCUCCACCUCCUGGUACUUGCCCUGGUUCUGACACAGCAGCGCCAAGUUGUUCAGCUGCUUGGCCACGUCGGGGUGAUCCGUGCCCAGAACCUGCCGGGAGGAGGGUACGCGUGUGUAAGAGUGAGGGGCACGGUUGGGGGGGCUUCAGCUCACCUUCUCUCUGA